UACUUUCUCUCUCUUACUAGCCGCCGGCACAAAAAAGAUGCUGCAGUUGAACAUGAAAUGAGAAGUCCGAAGAAGCCACACGCAACGCAAACACGAAAAUCUCGUCGGAGAAGACUGGAUAUUCUAAAGCUGAGAACUGCCGAUUUGAUCCCCAGGCCGCCGGCGAUGUCAAACCUCGAGGACAUUCGCGACAGUUCCGGCGAAUUGGUUUACGGGCACGUUUCGAUGAUGGGGCGGCGGAGGGCGAUGGAGGAUGCGGUGACGGUUGCGCCGCCCGGGUGGUUCGCCGGAGAGUACUAUUUUUUCGCGGUUUACGACGGGCACGGCGGAGCUAAGGUGGCGGAGAAGUGCGGGGAGACUAUGCACAAGUGCCUCGCGGCGCAUAUGGAGAAGGCGAGAAAGCUGCCGGAGGUGGAGGAGGAGGAGGAGCGGGGUUUUGAUUGGGAGAAGGUGAUGGUGGAUUGUUUUGGUGAUAUGGAUCAAGAGUUUUCGGAUGAGGUGGCGCACGGAGAGGCUGAGCAGCUGUAUUGGAGGAUGGGAUCAACGGCGGUCGUUGUGCUGGUGGGAAAGGCGGAGGUGGUGGUUGCUAACUGCGGGGACUCGAGGGCGGUGCUUUAUCGCGGCGGAGCGGUAGUCCCCAUAUCGACUGACCAUAAGCCUGAUAGACAAGAUGAGAAACAGAGGAUAGAAGCUGCUGGAGGAAGCGUCACAAAUCGGAACGGGUGGCGCGUCCAAGGAGUUCUUGCCACUUCAAGAUCCUUGGGUGAUCAUUAUUUGAAACCUUAUGUAACCCCAGUGCCUGAAGUGACCGUAGUAAAACAUUCGGAUUCCGACGAAUUUUUGAUAAUAGCAACCGACGGUUUGUUUAAUGUUGUGUGUAAUGAAGUUGCAUGCGAGCUUGUGAAGCAAUGUCUGACGAGCGGCCAUAAUAGUAGACAGGCUGGUGCUUCUGUGGCAGCUACUUUGCUUGCUGAGCUGGCGAUCGCCAAUGGAAGCAAAGACAACAUUAGUGUCAUCAUUGUACAACUUAAUUAAGUGAAAAUCGACACCAAUGCUUUUGGAAUAUUUACCCUUUUUUUUUUCUUUUUGGUGUGUUUACUUGAAUUAGUGUAAAAGGCAAUCAAUCUGGACUCUUGUUUUUUCGGUUGUAGGUUUGUGAGCGUAUCGAGUGUCGAAAUAGUAUCUGCUAUGUGAAAUCAACUGUCGUUGUGUCUUUUUUCUUUUCUUUUAAAUAAUUUUCGAGGUGAUUUUACGAGUUU